CGAAGACGCCGUAAAAUGGCCAUUUUCAAUGUGUUUACGUCUGUCUUUACAGUCUCUGCUUUACGUACGCAUGCACGAGACGCACGCAAUCUCCUCCCAUUACCCUCCCCCCUGCGCGUGAACACGCAUAUAAAUGCUUCCGCGCGCGGCCGCGUUCCUCAGUCUCGAGAUCAACGCCAUUUUGUCCUGCAAGCGGAGAUUGCCUUGAAUCAUUUUAUCAACAUGAGUGGAUGUCGCGUGUUCAUCGGCCGUCUGAGCCCUCAUGCUCGGGAAAGAGAUGUGGAGAAGUUCUUCAAAGGAUACGGACGAAUCAGGGAGAUUAACCUGAAAAACGGGUUUGGCUUUGUGGAGUUUGACGACCACAGGGACGCAGAUGACGCAGUGUACGAGCUGAAUGGAAAAGAGCUGUGCAGCGAGAGGGUGACUAUUGAGCAUGCCCGCUCUCGCAGGGGAAGAGGUGGUGGCCCAGGCAUGGGAGGACGUUUCUCUCCGCGGUUUGGAGGCUAUCGCCAGUCCCGCAAUGGGGGUUCCAGGUGUGAUGUCCCAGCAAUGUAUGGACCACCAGUGCGCACGGAGCACAGAAUCAUUGUGGAGAACCUCUCCUCUCGAAUCAGCUGGCAGGAUCUGAAGGACUUGAUGAGGAAGGUGGGAGAAGUGACCUUUGUGGAUGCACACAGGACCAAUAAGAAUGAAGGGGUGGUGGAGUUUGCUUCGCACAGUGAUAUGAAGAAUGCCAUCGAGAAGCUGGAUGGAACAGAUCUGAAUGGGCGCAAGCUCAAGCUGUAUGAGGAUCGCAAGAGGAAUCGUAGCAGGAGUCGUUCCCGCAGCAGGAGCAGCUCCCGUUCCCGUUCACCCAGUCGGAGUCGCACCCCUGAGCGUGGAAGCAAGCGCUCUCGCAGCCGCUCAGUCAGUCGCACCCCAGAGAAGAAUACCAGCAACCGCUCUCCUUCCCGCUCUCCGUCUCCUCCGAGGAAACAGAGCCGCUCCCGAUCUGCCUCUGCAGAGAGUCAGCACUGAAAGUAACUGUGUGUGUGUGUGUGUGUGUGAGAGAGAGAGAGUGAGCUUUUUUCACUUAUUAAUGUGGCAUCUCAUUGUGCUACUGUAGUGUAAAUUACUGACUGAGUUGAAUGGAUGAAUGUGUAUGAAGAUGUUUUGAUUUAUUUCUAAUGCUAAUGAGCUGGGUGGGUUUAAAUGAUAAUGGAAAGGGUUAAGACUAGAUAUUUUUCACAAAUGUCUCAUUUUGUUUUCUAUUUUUAUUUGAUCAAUAUCAGUCCUGGAGUACUUCUGUAGAGAACUUAAAUGUAUGUGAGUUUUGUUUCUCAAACUCGCCUGUUAAUUUGUUUUUGAGUCUUUAUGGUUGUUCAACAGAAGGUUAUGCCUGUAUAUACACUCUGGAAUAAAGUAUAUUGGUAUUUGGCAGAGA